CUCGAUCUCGAUCCCUGCCCCGUUGCCGUGGGAACCGGUGAAGCGGGAGAAGCAGAGCGUUGAACGAGGUGAAGAUGGGGAAGAAAGUGGAGAAAGUAGCAAAGGAGAAAGUAGUCACCCCUGUGGAGGAGGAGGGCCCGAGGAAUCCUGAGGAUUACGUGUGUACCGGAAACCUGGAGGUUGACUUCACUGAACUUUGCAACCGAAUGGAGAUCUUGGAGAUCCCCCUGGUGGUUCCAAGGCACCCGGCCGUCCCCCUCAGUGGAUUGGUUGAUGAGAUGCAGUCUCUCUCAGCUUCGGAUAAAAGCACUCCCUCAUCGGCUGCUGUUGGCAAGGAGCACAUCUCUUUCUUCAGGCCCUGCAUACAGGUGGAGAUGGAAAGUGAUGACCCAAAGCUGGUGAAGGCCAUUUAUAUCAGAGCAUGGGUGAUCGAUCAGAGAUACAUCUUCAUCUUUAACAAGUGCCUCCCUGCCCUCAUUGCUCUGCAGACAGUGAGUCUCUGGAACGUGGGUCUGACUGAAGCCACCUUCACUGCGCUGGUUGCCAUCCUGCGCCAGUGCACCAGUCUCAGGUCUGUGGUGCUGGACGGAAACCCAAUUGCCCACCAGCCUUAUUAUCUGCUGAUGAACGAAGACAGCCAAAUUCAACACUUAACUCUGAGAAACAACCAAAUAGAUGAUGUGGGCGCAAAGCUGAUUGGGGAAGCACUUUCCACACCCAGAAAGUGCAACAAGACACUGCUAACUCUGAGUCUGAACUUCAAUCACAUCACGGACAAAGGAAUGGGCUACAUUGCAGAUGGUCUGCGAUUGAAUCGGUCGCUGCUGUGGCUUUCGGUUGCUUACAAUCAAAUUGGGGACGAAGGAGCAAUAAAACUGGCUAAGGUUCUAAGUCCAUUUGCACUGACCCACGAGGAGAUCGUGGAGAGGAGACUCCUACAGUUCAACUCUCAGGAGAGCCGGAGAUCGUCCUCUCUGCGGCGGCCAGAGUCAAAGAGUGAUCGUAGUAGCCAGAUUGAAAGCAGCACCGCCAUUGACAAGUCGCAGAAAAGUGCCAAGACUGCCAUUAAGAAGAAGGAUAAGAAAGAGAUGACCUUUCUGGAGAAGGUAACUUCAUCCACCACGCAGGUUAUACUGAAGAAAGACGAUUUCAAGAUUUUGAAACGAGGGUCCAUCAGCGCCGAACUGAAGUUAAGCAAGACCAAAAUGAUACGGUCCGCAAAGGAAAAGCGAAAUGUCUCAGCAGACCAAGAGACCCAGGGCAUCCAGAACCCAUUACUAGAACCUGGUGAACAUCAAGACGGUCAGGUGUUCCUAGCAGGGAACGUUUGUCUCAUGAGUUUGAACCUGUCACACAAUCAAAUCACUGAGGUUGGUGUCAAGGCUUUGUUGGCCACGCUGAAAGUGCAAAUAAGCCAAGCCAGGCCUGCUGUCGACGGGAGGAGCGUCAGUGGGUUACUGCGGCUGGUACUGACGAAGAACGCAUUCCCAGUGACAUGCGAGGCCUACACCAGUCUUCAGGAGCUGACCACAGCCCGCGAUCCCAUGGCCAAACACCACGUGGUCUGCAGCCCGCCAUCGACUCACGGGGAGAGCCGGGUGCAGGGCUGGACUCACCGGUUGCAGUGAGACUCCACCCCAGAUCCAGCCAUCAGGAUUCUGCCCUGAGCCCCGGACAACUGUCUGCCAGCCCAGGAAUUACAGCUUGGGAACAGUCCAGAAAAGUUGCCACGUGAUCCUCAUGCUGAAAGAGUAAUGGGAACAAUUAAAGAAUAAAGCA